CGGGGGCUGGGGCCCCAGCAGCUCAGCCGGAGCGGAGCGCGGCGUACCCAGCCGGUCCGCCUGUCAGGCUGCCGCCUCCAGCCGCCUGGUUUUCCAUUCUGCGGCGCCCGACCCUUCCCAUGCUAGCACCUCGAAGUACGGAGACCGGGGUCCCCAUGUCCCAAACCGAGGCUGACCUGGCUCUGCGGCCAUCUCCGGCUCUCCCCUCCACGGGGCCGACCCGCCUGGGGCCACCACCUCGCAGAGUGCGCCGCUUCUCUGGGAAGGCUGAGCCCCGGCCGCGCUCUUCGAGACCGAGCCGCCGCAGCUCAGUUGAUUUGGGACUGCUGAGCUCCUGGUCUCAACCAGUCUCGCUCCUUCCGGAACCCCCUGAUCCUCCGGACUCCGCUGGCCCCACGGGGAGCCCACCUUCAAGCUCUAAGGAACCCCCCGAGGGCACAUGGACCGGAGCAGCCCAGGUGAAGGCUGCAGACUCUGUUUGUUCUGAGGUUACGGGAUCUUCAGGAGGUCCGGGGUCCCGGGAGCCACCGAGGGUUCCUGAUGCUGCAGCCCGGGAACGGCGGCGGGAGCAGGAAGAAAAAGAGGACACAGAAACCCAGGCUGUGGCAACGUCUCCGGACGGCCGAUACCUCAAGUUUGACAUUGAGAUUGGAAGAGGUUCCUUCAAGACCGUGUAUCGAGGGCUAGACACUGACACCACGGUAGAAGUAGCCUGGUGUGAGCUGCAGACUCGAAAACUCUCUCGGGCCGAACGGCAGCGUUUCUCUGAGGAAGUUGAAAUGCUCAAGGGGCUGCAGCACCCCAACAUCGUCCGCUUCUAUGACUCCUGGAAGUCGGUGCUGAGGGGCCAGGUUUGCAUCGUGCUGGUCACAGAACUCAUGACCUCGGGCACGCUCAAGACGUACUUGAGGCGGUUCCGCGAAAUGAAGCCCCGGGUCCUUCAGCGGUGGAGUCGCCAGAUCCUACGGGGACUUCAUUUCCUACAUUCCCGAGUGCCCCCCAUCCUGCACCGGGAUCUCAAGUGUGACAACGUCUUCAUUACUGGCCCUUCAGGCUCUGUCAAAAUCGGAGAUCUCGGACUGGCCACGCUCAAGCGCGCCUCCUUUGCCAAGAGCGUCAUUGGGACUCCGGAAUUCAUGGCCCCUGAGAUGUACGAGGAAAAGUACGACGAGGCUGUGGAUGUGUAUGCCUUUGGCAUGUGCAUGCUGGAGAUGGCUACGUCUGAGUAUCCCUACUCGGAGUGUCAGAACGCAGCACAAAUCUACCGCAAGGUCACUUCGGGCACAAAGCCCAAUAGCUUCUACAAGGUGAAGAUGCCAGAGGUGAAAGAGAUCAUUGAAGGCUGCAUCCGCACGGAUAAGAACGAGAGGUUCACCAUCCAGGAUCUCCUGGCCCAUGCGUUCUUCCGCGAGGAACGAGGUGUGCACGUGGAGCUGGCAGAGGAAGAUGAUGGAGAGAAGCCUGGCCUCAAGCUCUGGCUGCGCAUGGAGGAUGCGCGGCGCGGGGGACGCCCACGGGACAAUCAGGCCAUCGAGUUCCUGUUCCAGCUCGGCCGAGACGCUGCGGAAGAGGUGGCUCAGGAGAUGGUAGCCUUGGGCUUAGUCUGUGAAGCUGAUUACCAGCCAGUGGCCCGGGCGGUUCGAGAACGGGUGGCCGCCAUCCAGAGGAAACGGGAGAAGCUUCGAAAAGCUAGGGAAUUGGAAGUUCUCCCACCAGACUCGGGACCUCCUCCAGCAACUGUGUCUAUGGCUCCUGGUCCCCCCAGUGCGUUCCCCCCAGAGCCUGAGGAACCAGAGGCUGAUCAGCACCAAUCCUUCCUCUUCCGCCAUGCCAGCUACUCAUCUACUACAUCUGAUUGCGAGACUGAUGGCUACCUCAGCUCCUCCGGCUUCCUGGAUGCCUCAGACCCUGCCCUUCAUCCCCCAGGGAGGGUGCCAUCCAGCCCCGCUGAGUCCCAUCUCUGCUUGCCCUCGGGUUUUGCCUUGUCCAUUCCACGAUCUGGCCCUGGCAGUGACUUUUCUCCUGGGGACAGCUACGCCUCAGAUGCAGCGUCAGGCCUCAGUGACAUGGGAGAAGGUGGGCAAAUGAGGAAAAAUCCAGUGAAGACUCUUCGACGGAGACCCCGAUCCCGGCUCCGGGUCACUAGUGUCUCAGACCAGAACGACAGAGUUGUCGAGUGUCAGCUGCAGACUCACAACAGCAAGAUGGUGACAUUCCGAUUUGAUCUGGAUGGGGACAGCCCGGAAGAAAUUGCAGCUGCCAUGGUAUAUAAUGAGUUCAUUCUGCCCUCGGAGCGAGAUGGAUUCCUGAGCCGGAUCCGGGAGAUUAUCCAGAGAGUGGAGACCCUGCUGAAGAGAGAUGCUGGUCCCCCUGAGGCUGCUGAAGAUGCUCUGAGCACCCAGGAAGAGCCAGCAGCUCUGCCUGCCCUCCCAGGCUCAUCCAAUGCAGAGCUCCAGAGAAGCAUCUCCCCGGAACAGAGGAGCUGGGCAGCCUUCUCCACCUCUCCAUCUUCUCCUGGCACCCCCUUGUCCCCUGGGACCCCCUUUUCCCCUGGGACCCCUCCUGUCUUCCCAUGCCCCAUCUUUCCUAUCACUUCACCCUCAAGCCAUCCCUGCCCAUUCUCCCAGGUUUCUUCAAACCCCUGUCCACAGGUCCCCAACUCCCUACUUCCCUCCUCUCCCAGUGCUUCUCAGGCUCCACUCCCAUCCUCCUCUCUUCCCAUCAGCUCUCCCCUCCCAUGCUCUCCUAGUUAUUCCCAAGUCCCUCUUAGCCCUGCUUCUCUUCCCAUCUGCUCCUCUCCUCCCCUUCUCCCCUCUACCACAGCAGCCCCUAUCCUCUCUCUGGCUAGUGCCUUCUCUCUGGCUGUGAUGACUGUGGCCCAGUCCCUGCUCUCUCCAUCCCCCGGGCUUCUUUCUCAGUCUCCUCCAGCCCCUCCAGGUCCUCUGCCUACCCUGCCCCUUCCCCUUACUUCUUGUGACCAGGAGAGUCUUUCAGCUCAAACAGCUGAGACAGAGAAUGAGGCCUCCCAAAAUCCUGCUCAGCCACUACUGGGUGGUGAUGCUAGACUGGCACCUAUAUCUGAAGAGGGAAAGCCCCAGCUUGUUGGCCGUUUCCAAGUGACUUCAUCCAAGGAACCAUCAGAGCCUCCCCUGCAACCAUCAUCCCCAACUCUCUCCGGAUCCCUAAAGCUGCCAAGCCCUCCGUUGACCUCAGAGAGCUCAGACACAGAGGACAGUGCUGUAGGAGGACCAGAGACUAGGGAGGCUCUGGCAGAGAGUGACCGCGCAGCCGAGGGCCUGGGGGUUGCGAUCGAUGAGGAAAAGGAUGAAGGGAAGGAACCCCAACCUGGGGUCAGUUCCCCAAUCUUGAGCCAUCCCAGCCCAGUGUGGAUGAACUACUCCUACAGCAGCCUGUGUCUGAGCAGUGAGGAGUCAGAGAGCAGCGGGGAAGACGAGGAGUUCUGGGCUGAGCUGCAGAACCUUCGGCAGAAGCACUUGUCUGAAGUGGAGGCACUACAGACGCUACAGAAGAAGGAAAUCGAGGACUUGUACAGCCGGCUUGGGAAGCAGCCCCCACCUGGUAUUGUAGCUCCAGCUGCUAUGCUGUCCUGCCGCCAGCGCCGCCUCUCCAAGGGCAGCUUUCCCACCUCCCGCCGUAACAGCCUGCAGCGCUCCGAUCUCCCUGGCCCUGGCAUCAUGCGAAGGAACUCUCUGAGUGGCAGCAGCACCGGCUCCCAGGAGCAGCGGGCAAGCAAGGGGGUGACAUUCGCCGGGGAUAUUGGCAGGAUGGUGAGGGGCGGGCCCAAGGGAGGGAGAGCCGAGGGAAUGGUGGCUGGCAGCAGCUCUGCCUUCCUCUUUUUUGGACAUUUCUUCAGCAUUUUUCUUUUCCCCUCCAGUGAAUUCAGACCAGGAGUCCUAUGCCUCCCCAACACCAGGGCCCCACCAUGGCCUGUGGCCUCUCAGAAUCUGAUGGUUUUUGUGACCAACUCAACUCAGCAGAGAACACUCCAGUACUGAGGGGUAGAAGGCCUGUGGGCAUGGAGAGUGUGCUGUGUUCCUGAAGAGUCUCUUUGCUGUGUGGAAAUCUCAUUUCUGUAGCCUACCCCAGCUGUAUCUUCUGCUCCUCCCCAGGAAGGGCCAACCACUAAGCAAUCCAAGUCCAGAUGCUUGUAGAAGGCCAGGUUCCAGCUGGGAGGGUGUAGGGGCUAUGUUCAUGCUGCCAAAGUUAACAGCAACCAAUAAAAAUACUGAGGAGAAAGA